AUGAAAGGCUACAAAUUGAAAGGGAUUAGGCAGAGGUUAAAGGAAAUGUUGCAGAAGUGGCAGAGCGCGACUUUAGGGCCAAAAGCUUUGAUCCCUACCAUUACUGAUGAAGUGCCUAAUAAUAAUGAUGGAAGUGGAAUGCCAUUGAUAAACAAAGAGUGCUUCCUGCACCUCCUAAGUUCUUCUCUGCUUCCACCACCUGAUGUUCCAAAGGGAUACUUGGCAGUUUAUGUUGGACCUAAGCUUAAGAGGUUCAUCAUUCGCACUUGGUUCCUCAGUCAUUCUCUCUUUAAAGUUUUGCUGGAAAAGGCUGAAAAAGUUCUAUUAAAAAAAACUGUAGAAAAAGUUAAGCCAAUAAUCUCAUCCAAGAGGGAGUGA